GUUUGGUGGGGCCAGUGAAAAAGGAUGGCGGGCCGCAAACAGUCCCCGGGCCGUAGUGUGGACACCCACGCACUGGGAUGCAUUCAGGGGUGAUACAAUCGAUGGUGCGCCCGGCUCGCUUUAUGACCCCCCGAGACAACAGAACGCCCUUCCCUUCCAUUCUGGGGCUGCUUUUGUUUUGGACACAGUGGGGGGGACGAGCGGACCGUACGCCCUGCCCCCCGUCCCCUUUUUUUGUCGGACGCGAUCGUCUUGUUGGAGAGAGUUGAACGCCAAUUGUGAGCGGAGAAACUUCAAAGUAAAAGCGCACGACACCGGAGAAGAAAUGAAGCGCGCUCGAACCAACUCCAUCCCUUCUAGAUUUGAAUCCGAGCCGGAUUGUCAUCGUAUCUUCCUGACGAGAUGCGACGUUCACUGUCAUUUCGCGCUCGACUUCUUCAAACCAAGCUCGAAAGUACGGUGACGUCAUUUCGGACGACCGGGACACGGACGCUUCGGCUGUGGGAUUCGGCCCACUUGACUUUUCGGCCCACUUGACUUUCGUUCCCAGAGCAUCUCUCAUCCAAACGUGUGCUUUUCGUGCGAUUUCGUAAAAGCGGCGCUUUUAUUUUGAAAACUAACGGCCCCACUUCCGCUUUGUCUCUCUUAUUUCUGUCCUCCUCCCCCACGUCUGACUACGACGUAACGCUGACCGACGUUUCGUGGUCGGGCGUUGUGCCGGGCCGCAUUCCGUCGCCGCUGAAAUAUUCCACGGAGAUUCCUUUUUUUUAUUGAUCCAUCUCGAUUGGAAGCUUUUUUUUUUUUGCUUGUCAUCCCGGACUGAUCUCUGGUGCCAAGAUGGGUUGCGCCGGAUUCACCUGCUCCAAACACUCCCUGUGCGCGCUCAACAUCCUCUACGUCGUGAGUAUGCGAGGCAUCCCUCUGCACCACGUCGGAUGACGUCCUGACUCGAGGACGAAACUUUCGACCGAUGCGCGUUUGCUCCCCCCGGCAGGGAGGAAACCUCGAAACGGAAACUGCCUUGUGAUGAGGCCACGCACUUGCUCGGUCAAUUGUUCACCGUGGAACCUUGUCAGAUGCUCAGUGUGUGACCAUAGAAGCAACCCCCCCCCCAAAAAAAAACCCCACAAUCAACCAGAAUCUCGAGCAAUCCAAGUGAUGCGCGAUUUAAGAGCAGCGGCUGGCCUUGUCCCUCUCCUCCCGCAGAUGGUGAGCCUGCUGAUGAUCGCCAUGGCGGCCUGGGGCAAGUGGUUGGGCCUGGUCUCCAGUUUCCAGGUGGUGGGCGGAGUCACGGGAGUGGGCGUCUUCCUCUUCUUUGUCGCUCUGGCCGGCCUCCUGGGCGCCGUGAAGCACCACCAGGUCCUCCUCUUCUUCUACAUGAUCAUCCUGUUCAUGGUGUUUAUCGUGCAGUUGGCCCUUUCCAGCGCCUGUCUGGCCAUCAACAAAGAGCAGCAGGAUCAUCUGCUGGAGGUGGGCUGGAACAACUCCCGCGGCGCCCAGAGGGACGUGGAAAAGAGCCUCAACUGCUGCGGCUUCCGUCACGUCGACCUCAACGCCGCUUGUCCCGCCGCCUGUUUCCCCAAGCGCUCCUGUUUGCCGUGCGCCGACAAGAUCCAGGCGCACGCGGAUGAAGUCCUGCGUCUUGUAGGAGGGACCGGCCUGUUUUUCAGUGUGACCGAGAUUGUGGGCGUGUGGCUCACGUACCGCUACAGGAACCAGAAGGACCCCCGAGCCAACCCCAGCGCCUUCCUGUGAUGCGGCCGCCGGCUGCGCUCUGGACCGCCCCUCCCACCCUUUGGGCUUUGCCACUUCAAUGUGUGUGUGUGUGUGUGUGUGUGUGUGUUUUGCCCCACCCCCGCAGUCACUCAAAUGUCUCUUUCAAGGGACUCGGUUUGCGUGUCUUAUCCUGAACUUUGCCGUCACCGCAAUCACGCCGCACGUAGGCCCCCGCGUCUCAAUUUGGGUUCAGAACUCGAUGCCGUGGACCGGCAAAGUAUUUACGAGAGAUGGCCGAGGCGCUUUUUGUCCCCUCGUACGACGUCAUCGGCGGACCGCACCCCCCCACCAACCAAAACAGAACAUCAACACUCCAAUCUUCAGUGUUUUUUCCAAUUUAUUUGCAAAGGCGACAUGGAUAAGCGGGCGGAAGCGAGGAGAGCUUCGGAGCGAAGGACUUGUUUCCACUCGUCGGCCGGAGCCACGGUUGCGUCUCAAAGCUCGGACUUGAGGAGUUUCUUGGCCUUCUUCAUGUUGCUUUUCACUAAAAGCCAAUGGACAGAGAGAGCGAGAGAGCGUUACGCGCAGGGCUCCUCGGCUCGGAGGCGCAGAGUUUCAUCUGACUCACGUAGGUUGAUGUCAUUCGGUUCGUAGGCAUACAUGCGGUUGGCAUAGCGACCGGUGACAUCGGCUCUCACGGUCAUCGACGGGUCUGAGAGAAAGAGAGCGUGUCAUCGAUCCGUUGUGACGUUAGCGUGACGAGCGACGUUUCAGAGCCAAUCCGAUGUUGCUCCGCCUUCUUAACUCGGUGCUCAUUUUUGGGGCACUCGGGUGAGUCGGAAUUUGUUGUUUGUUUGUUUGUUUUUUUUUCCGCAACUGCACGAUUGCCUCGCGCCAUUUGCCAGCAAUGUCGUCAACCGGAUUUGACCCACAAAAUUGAUUCCAAAUUCGGAAAAUAUGGCCGCCUGAGGAAUUUGGAAGGAAUUUGUCUGCGAUCUAACACACUGCAUGAGGAUCAUCUUCCAUUAAAUGAAGACGUUAAGUCAUCGGCGUGACAAAGUCUUACCGACAAAAAGGAUUCUGGGAACAUACUGGCCGUCCGGGGACAGAUGUUUGUCGGUGGUUUCGUACUGCGGACAAAAACACAACAAGGUUCCACACUUGGUGAGCAGACUCCUCGGAAGGAUGAAAACCGUUUCCGAGUCCCGAUUUAAUGAAGAAAAAAAAAAAAGGGGCAUCCGAGGGGCCCCGCCCACACGAGCGGCUGCCGUAUUCAACUUGCGCUGCUGAAAACAGAGACGUCUAUGAGAAAACGGGACCUACCAUGAGGUUGAGCGCGACAAAGUCCUCAUCGAGGACUUUCUGGAGCUCGUCGUCCUCGGCAAACACUUUCUUCAGUGCUGCGGGAAGAACAAGCAAACGGUUCAAACGGUCUCUUCAAACCUGUUCCGACUGGACUCGUUCUGAAUGGGUGGUGGAUGGAGCAGGGGGGGGGGGCUCACGCUGACCCUGGCUGUGCGGGCAGUCCUUCAGGUGGAAGAGAACCAUCAAGGGCUUGUUCCUUGAAAGGUUCAACGAGUCGCGGUUAGUUUGGAGGCGGCGGCGCCGGGCGAGAGCCACGUUGUCCGCUUACCUGGACCUGGCCCAGUAGAGCGCCUCCUCGUACGUCUGAGCCCAGAUCAGCUGAUCGCCCCAUCCUGGAGGGAAGUGAGCAAAAAACGCUUUCACUCGGCUUUUUGGGAACGUGUGUGUGAAGGGGGAGGGUGGGGGCACACAUGCUCACCGACCUCUGGACAGAGUUUGAGGGAUCCUCUUGCCCGUCUUUGGCGCGUAUUUGCCCAAAGUCAAGGCGGCGGCGGCGACCAGCACCAAGAGGAGGGAUGGGGAGGUUUUGAUCAUCUUUGCCAGGUUGGAAAAAAAACUAAUUUUCGAGACGGAGAGCAGGGAAGCGGCCAUUUUAGUUGAAAACAAACCAAAAUAUUUUCUCCUCUGCGGCCAGCAACGGCCCCCCUCGUCGUUCAAACUCCAUUCGUGCGGCUUGACGUUACUCGUGUAGCGUUUUGACUUCUUUGCAAUGCUUUUGCUGCUUGUAACUUUGACCCUGUGAACAUUACAACUGCCUUUCUGAAAUGA